UUUAGCAAAUAAUAUAAAGUUUGGGAACUACCUCUAAUGUUCAUUUUCAUUUUUGAUAUUCUCCCUUGACAUAUCAAAAUAUUUCGAGCAGUAUGCAUUUCCUUAUCAUUUUUCAACUGUAUUUCCUGAUUUUAGCUUUUCAUAUUAAUCAAAUUACUUGUUGUCAUUCAGUCAAGAUAUUCUCAAGUAUUCCAAGUUCUCCAUUGUUUAAUGAUUUUGCUCCAAUUCUAUCCAAUUUCCCUUUGUUCGCUGCUUUAGUCCCGCCACCACCCCCUGUGCAAAGAGAUAACGUAAUCACAAAAGGAAAAUGUGCAGGCGGGGAGAUCAAAAUCGAAACUGUAUUUGUGUGGAACAAUGCAACUAUUGAGAGAAACAUGAAGCAUAUGGACUACGAGUUGAGUAGGCUUCAAAAGUAUUCAGGAAUCUCAACCAACGAGUUUUGCCCAGAAAUUACCAAGAAACCAGUGCAAGAUCGAAAUCAUUUUGCAAUGCUCUACACCUUUCCUUAUAUUACGUCAACUUGUGAUCGUGUCAGACUUUUUGUUCGAAAUGCAGUUUCCUGGAGUUCAGAGGUGAACCGAGCCCGAGUAGCAUGCGAAUGUGAAAAAAUUGUGGAAAUGACGCGUGGCUAACGAGGUACUUCUCGUCGCCGAUCUUUCUCUUGACCAGGACCGAAUAAAUAUUUGAAAAUGCACUUAUUGUUUGUUCUCAAUGCCGAAUUGUU